CUGCAAACUUCGCCCCUUGCACCUCAUUCUAUUGACUUGAAUUCUCAAAUCCUGCAGUCUAAACUCACUUGGUUGCACGACAUCCACGAGCGAAUUUUAUAAUAGUCUCCCGCUUUCCGCACGGUAUCAUACGCGCUGCUUCUUUCCUACCUCCGUUCUCAGUUCCCUAUCGCAAACACCCUCCUCUUUUCCAUUGAAACUAUACACGAUGGACGACGGCAGUAGCGCACCGGCCUACGAGACCUCCAGCUCCAAGGAGAAGCAUCUCGAGCCCACUGCCGGUUGGGCCUCGCCUGACAUCGACUAUGGAGCCGAAACCGAUCUGCACCGCUCGUUAUCGACACGACACUUGACCAUGAUUGCGCUGGGCUCAUCCAUUGGAAUGGGGUUAUGGCUGGGAAGUGGUACCUCGCUUGCAAAUGGCGGGCCGGCAGCGAUGUUUAUCGGAUACCUGCUGAGUGGGACGAUGAUUUGGUCGGUCAGUCACUCCAUCGGAGAGAUGGCCGUCAUGUAUCCUUUGCCCUCCGCGUUCACCCAGUGGACUUCGAUCUUCAUUGAUCGGUCAAUGGCCUUUUGUCUCGGUUGGGCGUACUGGUUCUCCUACUGGAUCACGAUCGCCAACGAGCUGCAGGGUGUUGUCACCGUGCUCAGCUUCUGGACGGACAAAGUCCCCACUGCGGCUUGGAUCUCCAUCUUCUGGGUGGUGGUUAUCCUCGUCAACAUAGUGGCGGUGAAGUUCUUUGGUGAGGUGGAGGUUGCCGCCUCGAGCAUCAAGUUCGGGUGGAUCUUCGUGGUGAUCAUUUCGUGUAUCGUCAUCUCUGCUGGCGGUGCCCCUAACGAAGGUCCUAUCGGGUUCCGUUACUGGAACUCCAUGCCAUUCACCAACGGCUUCAAGGGCUUUCUGUCGGUGAUGCCAACCUGCAUCUUCGCCAUGUCCGGGUCAGAGAAUGCUGCUCUUGUCGCAGCGGAAACCGACAACCCACGCAAGGCUGUUCCCCGUGCCGUCGGGUCCAUCUGGCUGCGCCUGUCUCUUUUCUACAUUCUUGGCUCACUGAUGGUGACCAUCACAGUGUCGCCAACUGAUGAGAAUCUGUUCGGUGGAACAGGAGUCAACGCUUCGCCGUUCGUCAUCGCAUACCGCAACGCUGGCCUGGCUCCGUUGGCUCACAUUAUGAACGCCGUCAUCUUCGUGUCGGUGCUAUCAACCGGUAGUAUCUCCGCAUAUGGUGGCUCCCGCACAUUGAUGGGCCUGACACACCUUAACAUGGCCCCUAAGAUCUUCGGCAAGGCCGACAAACAAGGCCGCCCGAUCGCGGGCCUAGCCAUCACGCUCCUCAUCGGCGGCGGCCUCGCGUACCUGAACGUAAGCAACUCAGGCGCUGAAGUAUUUACGUGGUUCUCAAGCCUGACGUCGCUGUUCACGCUGUUCGGAUGGGGCACAAUCUGCCUGUCGCACCUGCGCAUGCGGUACGCGUGGAAGGUUCAGGGCCGGUCCGUCCAAGAUCUCCCUUGGAAAUCGUGGACGUACCCCUACGGCGCCAUCUGGGGCCUGUUUUGGUGCGUCCUCCUGAUCAUUGCUGAGUUCUACCUCAGCCUGUGGCCGCUGCACGGCAACCCCAAUGCCAAGGACUUCUUCGCCAACUACGUCUCCGUUGUUGCCAUCGUGGUGCUGUACCUCGCCGCGCGGUGCUACUAUCGCGGUCCCUGGUGGGUUGAUGCGCGCACGAUCGAUUUGGAUGCGCCCAGGCGGUUCUACGUCGACGGGCAUGAUCUACGGGGUAGCUCUGGCAUGAAAGAUCCACUGCUGUAG